AUGGCCGUCUCCCUCGCGGGCCUCGCCGGCGCCUGCUGCCGCGCCACCUGGCUGCUGUGGCUCUACCUCCUCGCCAUGCUGGCCUUCAUCGUCGCGCUGCUCUGCUUCACCGUCUUCGCCUUCGUCGUCACCGACAAGGGCGCCGGGGAGGCCGUGUCGGGCGCCGGGUACAAAGAGUACCGCCUCGGGGACUACUCCACCUGGCUGCGGCGCCACGUCGAGGGCCGCAGGACCUGGGCCAGGAUCCGGAGCUGCCUCGCCGACGCGCACGUCUGCCGGCGCCUCCUGGAGGAGGAGAGCAAGGACAAGGACGCGGCGGCGGGUCUGGCGCGGCUCGGCCUGUCCCCGGUCGAGUCCGGGUGCUGCAAGCCGCCCGCGAGCUGCAACUUCACGUACGCCGGCGGCACGGAGUGGACCAAGACGAAGGCGGCGGCAGGGGCAGGCUCCGCGCCCGCCGCCGCUGACUCGGACUGCGGCGCGUGGAGCAACGAUGAGGACGCCGGCGUGGUGGACGCGCUCAAGCGGGACUGGAAGCGGGCUGCCAUUGUUAACGUUGUCAUCCUCGCCUUCGUCGUCCUCGUUUACUCCGUCGGCUGCUGCGCCUUCAGGAACAGCCGCCGGGACAACUACGCUUACCACAGCGGCCGCGGAUGGAGACGAGGCGGUGACGACGCUUAA